CCUACUCUUUGUCCAGAACCCCAGUGCGUGUUCGCGCAACGCUGGCUGUCCGCCGAGACCUCGCCGCGCAUACAGCCUCCAGACUACAGCAGAAGGCGUCCACAGUCCCAGUAACACCGUCUAAACUGCAACAGGCGACAGAAACUUUUCACUAAUUAUCUCAUUUAUAUUUUCCGACACAGCUGUCACAGUUAAAACCGAAUUCGCUUUGGAGACUACUUUUUCAAUGAACGUUGACACAAGAAAAUAAUUUCAUGAACGAUUUUAUUUUGACACAGUCGACUUUUUAAAAUAGAUUACUCGUGUCUUUUCGGUACGCUGCAAUCUAAUGGUCGUUUUUUCUUUUGCCUUGAACGUCUCGGGGGACUUGUGGAACUAAAAACGCCAAAAAAUUAAAGGAGAAGAAAAGUUUUUUGAACACUUCAGAGGUUGUCUUAUUCCAGUAGUCCAUGUUUUCUUUUGUGUUAUCGGGACACUAAUUUGACAAUCAUUUGCACUGUCUUCAACGAGGCCCUUGUAGCGCUGGCCGAAGUACCGUGCACUUUCUAAAAAUCCAGUUGGCAAACUAGUCAACUAACUUGAUUUCUGACUGCCCGGCUCUCGAGCUAGCUAGCUAGCUUGCGAAGAAGCUUACAUCUGUGCAUGUGCAAAAUCUAACGAGGUACCUCGGACACUUAAGCAGGAAAGUUUUUUUCAGACUCUGUGUGUUGCUGUUUAAAAUAUAACAAUGAAGAUAUUAAAAGUGCCUUCAAUAAUUUGCACGUUGGCCGUGUUUUUCGUCUCGGCGAGAGCGGAGCAGAAAUCGAAGAGUUGCAGUGAAGUAAGAAUAGCGUACAGCUCCAAAGGUUUCAACCACAAUGAUGUUCCCAAUCAAGGAGUGAAUGGUGCGCACCUGAAGGUGUGUCCUCAGGGCUUCAGCUGCUGCACGGUGGAGAUGGAGGAGAAGCUGAGCCAGCAGAGCUGCACCGACCUGAAGGCCCCAGUCAGCCAGCUGAGCGGCAGCCUGAAGAGCACCUUCACCCAGAGGCACCAGCACUUUGACCAGUUCUUCCGCGAGCUGCUGGAGAACGCGGAGCGCUCGCUGCACGACAUGUUCGUGCGCACCUACGGCAUGAUGUACAUGAAGAACGCCGAGCUCUUCCAGCACUUCUUCCGCGAGCUGCGGCGCUACUACGCGGCGGGCGGCGCCGCCGUCAGCCUGGACGCCAUGCUGGCCGACUUCUGGGCCGAGCUGCUGGAGCGCAUGUUCAAGCUGGUCAACGUGCAGUACGACUUCCCCGAGGCCUACAUGGACUGCGUCAGCCGCCACACCGAGGAGCUCCGGCCCUUCGGCGACGUGCCGCGCAAGCUCCGCCUCCAGCUGACCCGCGCCUUCGUGGCCGCGCGCACCUUCACCCGCGGCCUGGGGCUCCUCCCCGAGGUGCUGGACAAGGUCUCCACGGUGAGAGACUCUCCGGCCUGCGAGCGGGCCGCCAUGAAGAUGCUCUACUGCCCCUACUGCUCGGGCCAGGUGGCCCUGAAGCCCUGCAAGAACUACUGCCUGAACGUGCUGCGCGGCUGCCUGGCCAACCAGGCCGACCUGGACUCGGAGUGGAACAACUUCCUGGAGGCCAUGUUGAGUCUGGCAGAGAGGUUGGAGGGCCCGUUUAAUUUCGAGUCUGUGAUGGACCCCAUCGAUGUGAAGAUCUCUGAUGCCAUCAUGAACAUGCAGGAGAACAGCAUGCAGGUCUCGCAGAAGGUGUUUCAAGGCUGUGGGCAGCCCAAGCUGGCCACGGUCGUCCGGUCCAGCCGGUCCAUCAAAGAUCAAAGCUUCCCUGGCCGCUUCAGACCCUACACCCCUGAUGCCUUGCCCACCACUGCAGCCGGAACCAGUCUCGACAGGCUGCUAACGGAUGUGAAGAAGAAACUGAAGCAGGCGAAGAAGUUUUGGUCCACCCUGCCGGAGAAUGUGUGCAAGGAGGACAGGGUGGAGCCGGGAGACGAGUGCUGGAACGGCACUGCCAAGAGCAGGUAUGAGUCUGUCGUCAUGGGCAGCGGCUUGGCCAAUCAGGUGUCGAAUCCCGACGUGGAAGUCGACGUUUCGAAGCCGGACGUGAUGAUUCGCCGUCAGAUCGCGGUACUGAAGGAGAUGACCAACCGACUGAAGGCAGCGCACAGUGGCAACGACAUCACCGUUGAGACGGACGAGGACGAGGGCAGCGGAGAGGAGAGCGGCAGCGGGUGCGACUCGCCCUCCUGCGAGGACAACCUGGACAUUUACAUCUCCACGCGCAGCCCCCACCAGCCCAGGGCGCCGCCGCGCGUGAACGAGGUGAAGACCGACGAGGGCGACCGCAGCGGCGCCGGGCCGGCCAGCCGGGGCAGCGGCGCCCUGGCGCUGGCGGGGCUCGCCCUGGCUCUGCUCUUACCCCUCUGGAGAUAGACGGACCGCGAGAGAGAUGGAGGGAGAGUGCGAGAGAGAGAGAGAGAGAGAGAGGGAGAGGAAGAGGACACUGUCAGAGGACAUUUUGACUGCCUUCAGGACCUUUGUCUGCCAGCUGGGGAUGAAUUUUGAGCUGUUCACCUUUUAUUCAUUUCGCCCUUCUAGUGUUUUUUUUUUUUUCUUCUUGUGAAUGGACAUUGUUCACCAAUGGGAUCCGAAUUCCAUUACGUUUUAAGUCGUCGUCUUGCAGCCUUUUUUUAAUUGGUUUCCCCCAUGUGAUUGACAGCGUCCGUUUUAAUUCAGUGUGCCUUUGUCUUAUUUUCUUAAGAUGCACACGGUCAUUGUGUGUUUGCGUGCGUGCGUGUGUGUGUGUGAGUGAGUGAGAGAGAGUGUGAGAUAGCGUAUGCAUUCCGUUUCUUAACCACAAUGUAUCUCCUGACAUUUCAGUGUAGUGUAAACCAAUCUCCAAUUUUAGAAGUUUUCAGAUAGGAGGAAUUAGUGUAUUUCAUUGGGGCGGCAGCACCUCUUAAUUUUGUUUUAACCCUGUUUGAUUAUCAUGGAUUUGUGUGCAUGAGGAUAUUGCUUUGAUCAUUUAAUCUGACUUUGGGCCUGGAAUUCUCUGCUCAUAUAAGAAAGAGAAAGUGCUCUGGAUAGAAAACAAAUUCAGACUGAAAAUUAUAUAUAUACACACAUAAUGGAUAGGGCCUUGUUUAUCAUGAGCCAGCUCAGAAAUGCACAACAGAGUGUGUUUGUGUGUGUGUGCACAGGUGUACGUGUGCAUCCCAAAGGGGGUGGAAAUACAGAUUCUGGGGUUGAACAUCAGGAGGGCAUAAGGGAUCUUUGUUCAGUGGAAAAACAAUUGGGUGUGGCUUGGGGAUGUCAGGUGGUUAGGGUAAAGGUUAUGCAAAGCAGCCAUAAAUGAAAGAAAGGUGACUCUCUGCCUCUGAUAGAUGGAAGCUUUUGGUGGAGAGUGGGGUUGGGUGGGGUGGGGGGAUGAUCAGAUUAAUACAAGUGGGAAAGGAAAGGGUGAUGGGAUGGCAAUUGUAAUGGUUUGGGUUAAGUUUGGAAGGUUUACAUUGGGAGAAAUGAAAGUAAAGUGUGUAUGUGCAUGCAGUGCGUGCGUAAGUGUGUAUGCUGAAUUUUGGAUCCUCACUCGAUUAAACUUCCUGCAGAUGGGAAGUGUUUGGGCUGGCCCGAUGGGCAGUACUCUAGAGAGAAAGGUCUGAUAGCGUCAUGCACAUUUACAAUGUGGAACGUGCCCAUCAGAAAUGCCUGGGACUUCUCGCUCUACGUUAAGUGUUGAAGAGGGACAAACCAGCCCUCAAAAUGAGCCCCUAAGGAACAAACCCAAUAGCUAGAGGGUCGAGAAAGUAGGAGGUGUAGCAGACUCUGCACAGUCCAUCCCAUCCUAUCACACUAGAGCAGCUCAGCCUCAGAGUAUUUGAUAGCGUAACUAAAGACAUCAGCUGACCUGACAGAGGUGGGUGGAUUUUGCGUGUGAACGUGCGAGAGUUUUUUUACAGCUCAGAAAAGCCACCCAAACGGAAUUGAGGGUGGUCGAAAACAAAUCUUUUAUAUGCGGAAGGAGUUUUACUUUCAUACAUGGUACUUAAGUUCAUUUUUAUCUCUAGUUCCAAGAAGGAAGACUGAAGUGUCUGUGUUUGUUUGCACCCCAAAAACUUCCAUCUGUAUACCUCAACUGCGACAGUCUGCUUGUAUGUGCUCAUAUUUCCAAGCGUUUCCAGGGCGAUCUUUGUUUUCUUAUCCCUCUUAGUUCAGCAGGUCAGUCACUUGAGUGCCUGUAUGGCAGCAGUGUACCCAACUUUGCAACCAAGUUUCGUUGUUGUAACCCUGUAAUUUAGGGACACUGGCUGCUACAGUGGUGGGAGGACAGACAGGUCUUGACCGCUCAAAACCGUAACCUUGAUCCUGUGGUUAAGUGCCUGCAAAUGUCCUGUAUGCGUGCAACGGCCAAUGUGAUUGUUGACUAUAGUUGUUUUUUUAUUAUUAUUUAAUUCUUUCGCUUUUUUGAUCUUUGACGAAUAUUGUUAGCGGAAAAAUCAGGUGAAUCAAUAUUUCAGUUUAAACUAACAAGUCUUUCUUUUUCCUGCACCAAACUCGAGCCGUUGACAUCUCCAGAUGCUAUUAAUUGCCUUACAUUAGACAUUGUCAUAGGUUAUGUACAGUAAAUUAUUUAAUGGCAUGUUAAUUUUUUUGGAAAGUCAUUUAGAAGUACGCACUCAAAAUUUGCUUCCAUAGCUAUCUGAACUAUACAGAAUUGAUACAAAUAAAAUAUAUAUUUACAUACACAGAUGCAGAUGGGGGAAAAAGGCAUUUCAGUGGUCUUUGAAGAGUUAACUAGUUUUUAUAAUAACUUGAUGUUUUAUGUUUUUUAAAUGACAUUACACAAUGUAAAAUGGAUUGUAUUUUAUGUCGAGGACUAUUUGUACGGUGAUGGCGUAGACUGACUUAACUGGGUGCUUGGCCAGGUCUGGCCAACUCCCUAUCGAAGGUACAUUUCCAGGGGUCACCAGUUACAGCUGUUGGUAAGCUGGGGGUGAUUUCCUCAAACUCAGCCGGGAGAUGACACUGCCUUGAGAUUGAGUGGAUGUCAGAAUCGCUUAGCAGUUCCUUAUUAGAAAGCUGGGCCAGUCCCUGGACUGGUAACCACAAGCGUGAAAAAAAACAGGAAAAACUGGAUUCGCUGAGUGUGUGACGAACCUGACAAAUCACCAGACAGAAGGAAGCUGUGCUCGAUAUUCCACACAGUGUUGUCCCGAUGUGAGCUUAAAGUGUAAGAAAUGGGUGGGAAUGAAAUUGAAUUGCGCAGCCCUUUGCUGUGUCCAUGUUUUUGUUCGGCCCCCAGCGUUUCUGAAUGACUGUAAAUGAACGUUUGUGUGUGCUUGAGGAAACAGAGCUGGGGGGGGAGCGUCUUCAGGGCAUCGUUCGCAGAUCAGUGUACGGAUUACGGCGUGGUGGGAAACAGCCCCCACUUCUUCACCAUGCGUAAUAUUCCCAUCUCCAUCACACAUGCCAGGAAAAAAUCAUUCAGUGCUAGGGAUGGUCACUCCAGCUCUCGAAGCUGGGCGCUUUGAGGUUUUCUAGAUAUUAAAUGGCAGGUGACAAAUACCUGGAAUAACAAGGGACUUAAUUUCAGAUCCAAAUAAUGAUUUUAAACCAGUAACUGAGGCUUGAGUUGGAUUGAUGUUCCUGGUGCACAUGAGGGCUGGUUUUGGCCAUCUCUGGUUUUCAAACAACUGGAUAAAUCUGUGUAAAUACUGAGCAGCCAUUUUGUAAUGUUAGAAUCUCUGAAAGAAGCCUUAACAAAUCACUGAAAACCUUACCAAAUCAUGUUUGAAGUGGAGAGAUGGAAAGAAGAUAGAUGCUAAAAUGUAAAAAGAAAAUUGAAAAAAAAUUCUUAGUCUUGUUAAAAUAAAGACAAGUAUUUAAUUUG